AUGGCACACAACGGCACCGCCCACAAAUACUCCAAACGCCUCAUCGCGUUCGAGCACACACCCCGCCCACUGUCCAGCGACCCGCUAAACACACUCCUCUGGGUCGGCGGCCUAACGGAUGGCCUCCUCACCGUUCCCUAUCCCUCCGAGAUCGCUAAAUCGAUUCCAUCCAAUUGGGUUAUAGCCGAAGUUCUCAUUUCCUCGUCAUACAAAGGCUGGGGUACUGGUAGCCUCGCUCGCGAUGCGCGUGAGCUCGGUGAAUGCGUGUCCUACUUUAGGAAGCUACGACCAGGGAAAAAGAUUGUGGUCAUGGGUCAUUCGACGGGGUGUCAGGAUAUCAUGGAAUACUUGCUUGGGAAAGGAUGCGAGGAGAGGGAGGCGUUGGACGGUGUGAUACUACAGGGUGGUGUCAGUGAUCGCGAGGCAUGGGAAGACUAUUACAAAGAAGGAGAGAAAAGGAAAGAGCUGGAAGAAGCGAUUAGAAUAUCCAAGGAGUUGGUCGACGCUGGCAAAGGCAAGGAACUUCUGUCACCAGAGAGCAAUCCUGUGCUCAAGGACAUGGGCGGACCACUGAACGCAUAUCGAGCCUACUCGCUACUUGCUAAGGGUGGAGACGACGACUACUUCUCAAGUGACCUUUCCGAUGAGCACUUUGCGACGACCUUUGGCAAGAUACCAAAGAGCACGCCGGUAUGCUUCCUGCUAGGAUCCGAGGACCCAUAUGUGCCUGCUUCAAUCGACAGAGCAGCGUUGCUUCAGCGCUGGACAAGGAUAAUUCGUGAAGGCGGCGGGAUUGUAGAUGAUGAAGAUGGUGGCGUAAUUCCAGGGGCACACCACAACCUCGACGACGACCCAAAGGAAGUAGUCCAGGAUCUUGUCAACAGGGUAUGCGGCUUCGUUACUGGACUGGAUAAGAGCUCCAAGUGGGACAGCACUGGAUCUCACCUUUGA